AUGUGUAAACAACCUGCCCCUGCCUGCUGCUUAUGCCAAUCCGGCCAGGUUGAUGCCCAAGAACCCUACAUUUUCAGCCCUUUGAUCCCAAAAAGCCUGCCUCCGUCUCCGGCCCCGCUGCAACAAGGCCAAGCUAAGGAGCAGCCAGACAAGAUCACCUGUGACUAUGAUCUUUCUCUGGCUAUCACAGAAGCCAAGUCCAUUGCCAAAAUAGCUUUCCCCACGGUGUUGACUUCUCUGUUGCUUUACUUCCGGUCCAUGGUCUCUAUGAUCUUCCUAGGCCGCCUCGGCGGCCUAGCCCUGGCAGGUGGCUCCCUCGCACUGGGGUUCGCCAACAUCACCGGCUACUCGGUUCUCUCCGGCCUCGCCAUGGGAAUGGAACCCGUCUGUGGCCAAGCCUUUGGUGCCAAGAAACACUCCCUCCUUGGCGUUUCCUUGCAAAGAACUGUGCUUUUGCUCAUCUCCAUUUCGUUUCCAAUAGCUCUUCUUUGGAUUAACAUGAAGACGAUUCUCCUCUUCUUUGGCCAAGAUGAGUCCAUAGCCGAAAAAGCCCAAGUAUAUAUUCUAUAUUCUCUCCCGGACCUCUUUGCUCAAUCGCUUCUCCACCCAUUGAGAAUCUAUCUCCGAACUCAAUCCAUAACCUUACCUCUCUUACUCUGUGCUACUAUAACAACUGUUCUGCACGUACCGAUCAACUAUUUUCUUGUCUCGAAACUUGGUCUCGGAAUCAAAGGCGUGGCCCUUGGUGGGGUUUGGUUCAACUUCAAUUUUGUAGCUUCAUUGAUCAUUUACAUAUUGAUCUCUGGUAUAUACAAAGAAACAUGGGGAAGCUUGUCCAUGGAGUGCCUGAGAGGCUGGAAAUCUCUCUUGAACUUGGCCAUUCCAAGCUGCAUUUCAGUGUGCCUCGAGUGGUGGUGGUACGAACUUAUCAUUCUGCUAUGUGGGUGGCUCGCCAACCCAAGAGCCACCGUCGCUUCAAUGGGAAUUCUGAUCCAAACCACCUCUCUCAUCUACAUAUUCCCGUCUUCUCUAAGCUUCAGCGUAUCUACACGUGUCGGAAACGAGCUCGGGGCCGGCCGGCCUGCGAGGGCAAAACUGGCUGCCAUUAUAGGCCUUUGUUCAGGCGUCAUACUGGGAUUUGCGGCUCUGGUUUUCGUCGUGAAUGUAAAGAAAGUUUGGGCCACCAUGUUCACGAAUGACAAGGAAAUCAUCGCUCUAACGUCGCUUGUUCUGCCCAUAAUCGGGCUCUGCGAGCUCGGAAACUGCCCGCAAACAGCCGGCUGCGGCGUGCUGAGAGGAACAGCUCGGCCGAGAGUGGGAGCAAAAAUAAACCUGGGUUGCUUCUACUUGGCCGGAAUGCCGGUGGCUGUAGGGUUAGGGUUCUUCGCGGGAUUCGAUUUUGAAGGGCUGUGGCUGGGCCUCUUGGCUGCUCAGAGCUCGUGUGCAGUGGCCAUGGCUGUUGUUUUGGCUAGAACAGAUUGGGAUUUUCAAGCUAGGAGAGCCAACGAACUGACUGGAAAUGGAAUUGUUGACGAUGGCUGCAAAGAAAUUAAGGAAGAUGAGAUCUACGAGGAUUCUUCUCGUCAACCUGGCGAUUUAGUUUAAGAUGCAUGUCCUUUUAGUUUUUAUUAUUCUUUCU